ACCUGGCAUCCUCUCUGCUCUCUGCUUAGAACCCCUCUGCUCUACUCGCACCUCUGUCCCCGACUGUGACACUGCUGUGUCAGUGUCGUCCUGGCAUCCUGUUUCCCAGUGACAUCCUGUCUGGCAUCCCUACGAUGGGGUGGGGGAGCUCAGGAGCUCAAACAAAGCCGGCCUGAUUUGUGAGAUAAACCAGCCAGGGGAUAAGCCUCUCUAGAGAAUCCAAGUCAGAGCAAGGCGGAAGCUCCGCCCCCGACGGGAGGAAGAGGGCGGGGUAACCUCAGGCUCCGCCUCUGCCCUCGGCGCACUUGGAUGACAUGAACAGCGCGCCAGAAUUCGAGGAUCUCCGGAUCUGGGAGGACCGCGUACACGAAUCUAACUCAUCUUCCCAGCAAGGGACACUUGCAGAGAUGUCCACAGUUCUUCACUUCUAUGUCCGUCCCUCUGGCCAUGAGGGGGCAGCCUCUGGGCACACUCGAAGGAAGCUACAGGGGAAACUGCCAGAGCUGCAGGAUGUCAAGACUGAGCUGUGCUACAAUGUCAACUGGACAGUGAAGUCCCUCCCAAAUACUGAGGAGAUGAAGAAGCUGGUGUGGCUGUUUGGCUGCCCUUUGUUACUGGAUGAUGUUGCUCAGGAGUCCUGGCUCCUUCCCGGCUCCAGUGACCUACUGCUGGAGGUCGGGCCCAGGCUGAACUUCUCCACCCCCACAUCAACCAACAUCGUGUCGGUGUGCUUGGCUGUGGGACUAGAAGCUGUGGAUCGUGUGGAGACUACUCGGCGCUACCUGCUCUCGUUUGCCCACCCCACUUCAGCUGAGAUGGAGACCAUCGCUCUGGCUACCCUUCAUGACCGGAUGACAGAGCAGCACUUCCCCCAUCCCAUCCAGAGCUUCUCCCUUGGGUGCAUCCCAAGACCCCUUGACAGCCCUAUCAACAUACUGGCUGAGGGCCGGCCUGCCCUGGAGAAAGCCAACCAGGAGCUAGGUCUUGCUCUAGACUCCUGGGACCUGGAUUUCUAUACCAAGCGCUUCCUUGAGCUGAAGCGGAACCCCAGCACUGUGGAGGCCUUCGACUUGGCUCAGUCCAAUAGCGAGCACAGUCGACAUUGGUUCUUCAAGGGCCGACUCCACGUGGAUGGGCAGGAGCUGGCACAAUCGCUGUUUGAGUCCAUCAUGAGCACCCAGGCAUCCUCGAACCCCAACAACAUCCUCAAGUUCUGUGACAACAGCAGUGCUAUCCAGGGAAAGGAAGUCCGAUUCCUACGGUCCAAGGACCCCACACAGCCAAGCUGCUUCCAGCAACAGCAGGGGCUAAGACAUGUGGUCUUCACAGCAGAGACCCACAACUUCCCCACAGGAGUAGCCCCCUUCAGCGGUGCAGCGACAGGCACAGGGGGCCGGAUCCGAGAUGUCCAGUGCACAGGCCGUGGGGCCCACGUGGUGGCGGGCACUGCUGGCUAUUGCUUUGGAAACCUGCAUAUCCCAGGUUAUAGUCUGCCCUGGGAGGAUCCAAAUUUCCAGUAUCCUGGGAACUUUGCCCGGCCUCUGGAGGUUGCCAUUGAGGCCAGUAAUGGGGCUUCUGACUAUGGCAACAAGUUUGGCGAACCAGUGCUGGCCGGCUUCGCCCGCUCCUUGGGCCUCCUGCUCCCCAAUGGCCAGCGGCGUGAGUGGAUCAAGCCCAUCAUGUUUAGUGGGGGCAUUGGGUCCAUGGAAGCUGAGCAGGUGAGCAAGGAGCCCCCAGAGCCAGGCAUGGAUGUUGUAAAGGUUGGGGGUCCUGUCUACAGGAUUGGAGUUGGGGGUGGAGCUGCUUCAUCUGUGCAGGUGCAGGGAGACAACACCAGUGAGUUGGACUUUGGAGCUGUACAGCGGGGAGACCCAGAGAUGGAACAGAAGAUGAACCGCAUAAUCCGGGCUUGUGUAGAGGCCCCCAGGGGAAACCCCAUCUGUAGCCUCCAUGACCAGGGUGCUGGUGGCAAUGGCAAUGUCCUGAAGGAGCUGAGUGACCCAGCUGGAGCCAUCAUUUACACCAGCCGCUUCCAGCUCAGGGAUCCAACCCUGAAUGCCCUGGAAAUCUGGGGGGCCGAGUACCAGGAGUCAAAUGCCCUUCUCCUGAGGCCCCCCAACCGGGACUUCUUGAGGCGCGUCAGUGCCCGGGAGCGCUGCCCAGCUUGCUUUGUGGGCACCAUCACUGGCAACGGGAGGAUAGUGCUGGUGGAUGAUCGGGAGUGUCCCGUGGGAAGAAAUGGCCAGGGGGAUGCCCCCCCAACGCCACCCCCAACCCCUGUGGACCUGGAGCUGGACUGGGUGCUGGGCAAGAUGCCUCGGAAGGAGUUCUUCCUCCAAAGGGUCCUCCCUGUGCUACAGCCGCUGGCCCUGCCCCCAGGGCUGAGCGUGCGCCAGGUUCUGGAACGGGUUCUGAGGCUGCCUGCCGUGGCCAGCAAGCGCUAUCUCACUAACAAGGUGGACCGCUCUGUGGGUGGCCUGGUGGCGCAGCAGCAGUGUGUUGGACCCCUGCAGACCCCUCUGGCAGAUGUAGCUGUUGUGGCACUGAGUCACCAAGAGCUUGUAGGGGCUGCCACAGCCCUGGGAGAGCAGCCAGUCAAGAGCCUGCUGGACCCCAAGGUUGCCGCCCGGCUGGCUGUGGCUGAAGCCCUCACCAACCUGGUGUUUGCUCUGGUCACUGAUCUCCAGGAUGUGAAAUGCAGUGGGAAUUGGAUGUGGGCAGCCAAACUCCCAGGGGAGGGUGCAGCUCUGGCCGAUGCCUGUGAGGCUAUGGUGGCAGUGAUGGCAGCUCUGGGUGUAGCAGUGGAUGGUGGCAAGGACUCCCUCAGCAUGGCUGCCCGGGUGGGCUCUGAUACUGUGCGGGCUCCUGGAUCUCUGGUCAUCUCAGCUUAUGCUGUCUGUCCAGACAUUACAGCCACUGUGACCCCAGACCUCAAGCAUCCUGGAGGAAGAGGCCGACUGCUCUACGUGCCUCUGAGCCCUGGGCAGCACCGGCUGGGAGGCACAGCUCUGGCCCAGUGCUUCUCCCAGCUUGGUGAGCAGCCUCCCAACCUGGACUCCCCUGAGAAGUUGGUGCGUGCCUUCAGCAUCACCCAGGGGCUGCUGAAAGACCGCGUCCUCUGCUCAGGCCAUGACGUCAGCGAUGGGGGUCUCAUCACCUGCCUGCUAGAAAUGGCCUUUGCCGGAAAUUGUGGGAUCCAGGUGGAUAUACCUGCCCCUGGGGUCGACGCUCUGCCUGUGCUAUUUGCCGAGGAGCCAGGCCUGGUGCUGGAGGUGCAGGAGGCAGACCUGGCCCAAGUGCUAAAGCGGUACCGGGAUGCUGGCCUCUGCUGCUUGGAGCUGGGCCGUACAGGAGACGCGGGGCCCCACGCCAUGGUAAGGGUAUCAGUGAACGGGCCUGUGGUUCUGGAGGAGCCUGUUGGGCAACUACGAGCCCUCUGGGAGGAGACGAGUUUCCAGUUGGAUCGGCUGCAGGCAGAGCCACACUGUGUAGCCGAGGAAGAACAGGGGCUGAGGGAGCGGACAGGACCCAGCUACUGCCUGCCCCCCACUUUUCCUAAAGCUUCCAUGCCCCACGAGCCUGGUGGUCCCACCCCCCGAGUUGCCAUUCUGCGAGAGGAAGGCAGUAAUGGAGACCGAGAGAUGGCUGACGCCUUCCACUUGGCUGGGUUUGAGGUGUGGGAUGUGACCAUGCAGGACCUCUACUCUGGGGCAAUCAAGCUGGACAUGUUCCGCGGUGUAGCCUUCGUGGGUGGCUUCAGCUACGCAGAUGUCCUGGGCUCUGCCAAAGGGUGGGCGGCUGCUGUGACCUUUCAUCCACAGGCGGGGGCUGAGCUGCGGCGCUUCCGGAAGCGGCCAGACACCUUCAGCCUGGGCGUGUGUAAUGGCUGCCAACUGCUGGCUCUGCUAGGCUGGGUGGGAGGCAACCCCAAAGAGGAGGCAGGAGAGAUAGGCCAUAACUCCUGGCCAGUGCAGCCAGGCCUCCUGCUGCGCCACAACCUAUCUGGGCGUUACGAAUCUCGCUGGGCCAGUGUGCAUGUGGGGCCCGGGCCGGCCCUGAUGCUGCGAGGGAUGGAGGGUGCCGUGCUGCCCGUGUGGAGUGCUCAUGGGGAAGGUUACAUGGCAUUUUCUUCUCUGGAACUUCAAGCUCAGAUUGAGGCCAGGGGCUUGGCUCCGCUGCACUGGGCUGAUGAUGAUGGGAAGCCCACCGAACAGUACCCCCUGAAUCCCAACGGGUCCCCAGGGGGCGUGGCUGGCGUCUGCUCUCUUGAUGGCCGCCACCUGGCUCUCAUGCCUCACCCUGAGCGGACUGUGAGGCCUUGGCAGUGGGCAUGGCGACCCCCUCCAUUUGACACUCUGACCACCUCCCCCUGGCUCCAGCUCUUUAUCAAUGCCCGAAAGUGGAUCCAGGAAGGAGGCUGCUGAGAGGCCAGGGAGGCUUACCUGAGCCUCAUGAUUUGUGCCUGGGAUAUCUGCUGCCCUGUCUCUUACUUCUUCAGAGCACUCCAUAUUAUUUCCAAAUGUGUCUUCGACAAAGAACACAUGCCAAAAAACCUCAGCUAAUUUUAUUAA